AUGGAUAUUAUUAUAAGUGCAGUUGGUGAAUUUAUUUGGGCAUCAUCAUGUGCUCUGGUAAAUUUUUGUCUUAGUUCAGGUCUUAGUGUUCUUGUCGUAUUUAUCUCAUUUCUUUGUGCUAUUCUUGCAUCAGCCUUUUAUAAAUAUUCGACAAGUCGUCAACAUACAUCGUCUGAUGAUAGUACAUGUGUUCUUAACAAUCAUGAUUACGAAGAUCUAGACGAGCCGAUUACAGUAACACCAACAACAGAACAAUCGAUAGAACAAUCAUUGCCAUUAAUAACAACUGACGAAUCAAAUAAUACUAAUAAUAGUCGAUCAUUAUCAGAAAUUGACAUUUGUUUAGAAGAAGAAAAUAUAAAUGGAGAUACAAUAGAUAAUAAUGAACAAAUAUCAGAUGAUAUAUUAAUUGAUACUAUUGAAGGUUCGGAAGAAGAAAUUCAAAAACAACAAAUAGCUAAUAUAUAUCGUCUUUUAAAUGAUCAAAAUCUAAUUAAUAAUUGGACAACAACUGAUUUUCUUGAACAACUUAAAAUGUAUGGACUUCAUACAUAUGAUGAAAAUGAACCAGAAUCACCUUAA